GGGCCGGGAGCAGUAGGAUUAAAGGGCCCGGUGGAGCAGUAGCUGUCCGGGAAGCCAGCGCACAUACCGGCCUGUCACUGCAUUUUUUGAGGACCUACCGCCCCAAACAGCCUUCUCUCUUGCUUCCUUUCCCACCAGCAUGGCUCAGCUAGCCGGAAAGAAAUUCACAGCAGCCCCCGAUCCCGUCAAGCCCCCCGGGGUCCCGGUCCCCUCUGCGGCCAAGGAGAUCCCGGAGAUCUUGGUGGACCCCCGCACCCGCCGUCGGUAUCUGAGGGGUCGCUUCUUGGGUAAAGGAGGCUUUGCCAAAUGUUACGAGAUCACUGACCUGGAGAGCCGGGAGGUGUUCGCGGGGAAGAUCGUCCCCAAAAGCCUCCUGCUGAAGCCCCACCAGAAGGACAAGAUGACCAUGGAGAUCGCCAUCCAGCGCAGCCUGGACCACAAGCAUGUGGUGGGCUUCCACGGCUUCUUCGAGGACAAUGACUUCGUAUACGUGGUGCUGGAGCUCUGCAGACGGAGGUCUCUGCUGGAGCUGCACAAGAGGAGGAAAGCGGUCACCGAGCCCGAGGCCCGCUACUACCUGCGACAGACCAUCCAAGGAUGUCAGUACCUGCACGGCAACCGCGUCAUCCACAGAGACCUCAAACUUGGCAACCUGUUCCUGAACGACGACAUGGAGGUCAAGAUCGGUGACUUUGGGUUGGCAACAAAAGUGGAGUUUGAUGGGGAAAGGAAGAAGACCCUGUGUGGGACCCCCAAUUAUAUCGCACCCGAAGUAUUGGGCAAGAAGGGCCACAGCUUUGAGGUGGAUAUCUGGUCCAUCGGAUGCAUAAUGUACACACUUUUGGUUGGAAAGCCCCCAUUUGAAACAUCGUGCCUGAAAGAGACUUACUUGAGAAUUAAGAAGAAUGAGUACAGCAUUCCCAAGCACAUCAACCCCGUGGCAGCCGCACUCAUCCAGAAAAUGCUCCGUUCAGACCCAACCACCAGACCCACCAUCGAUGAACUAUUGACUGAUGACUUCUUCACGACUGGCUACAUCCCCAACCGACUCCCCACCACCUGCCUCACUGUUCCUCCCCGAUUCUCCAUUGCGCCCAGCAGCAUUGAUCCUAGUUUCCGGAAGCCGCUUACGGCUAUUAACAAUAAAGGACCGGAGUCUCCGAUGGGGGAGAAGCCGGCUGCUCCGGGCAAGGAGGAAGAGUUCCAGCAGCCGGAGUCAACCGAGCCGGCGGACUGUUACCUGUCCGACAUGCUGACCCAGCUGACCAGCGUCAACGCGGCUAAACCGUCCGAGAGGGCGCUCAUCAGGCAAGAGGAAGCCGAGGAUCCUGCCUGUAAUCCAAUCUUCUGGGUCAGCAAAUGGGUCGAUUACUCUGACAAAUACGGUCUAGGGUACCAGCUCUGCGAUAACAGCGUGGGGGUGCUCUUCAAUGACUCGACGCGGCUGAUCAUGUACAACGAUGGCGACAGCCUGCAGUACAUUGAGAGGAACAAUACAGAGUCUUAUCUGAACGUGCGCUCCUACCCUGCGUCCCUGACCAAGAAGAUCACGCUGCUUAAAUACUUCCGCAACUACAUGAGUGAACACUUACUGAAGGCUGGCGCCAAUAUCCGUCCGCGAGAAGGGGAUGAGCUGGCCCGUCUUCCCUUCCUAAGGACUUGGUUCCGCACGCGAAGUGCCAUCAUCCUCCACCUGAGCAACGGGACGGUGCAAAUAAACUUCUUCCAGGACCACACAAAGAUUAUUCUGUGUCCCCUGAUGGCUGCCGUGUCUUACAUUGAUGAGAAGAGGGACUUCCACACCUUCAAGCUGAGCCUCAUCGAGGAGUUCGGCUGCUGCAAGGAGCUGGCCAGCCGUCUACGUUACGCCCGCACCAUGGUGGAGAAGCUCCAGAGCUCCAAGUCCGGCGCCGCACACGUUAAAGCCACUGCAUAGCCCAGAUACAUUAACAUUGACUCUGCCUCUCCCUUUCCAGGGCCCGAACUCCUUAACCUUCCAGUGUAAGGGAGGAGCUCUGCUGCGGGGCCCUGGAUGUGAAUGCAUUUUUUGUCCUUUUUAAUCUCUUUUGCUGAAAAGCAGCGAUCAGAGCGCUAGCUCUGUGGAGAGAGCACUCGCCUGUCUACACCGUGCACUCACUAGAGGUGCUGGAUUUCUAUAUCGCCCCGUCUAAUAACCAGCUCGGCAAUAUCAUGAGUAUACGUUGCCGGGGUGUAAGAACCUGUCCUGUUUUGUUUCAGUGUCUCCGUGGUGUCCAAUCUUUUUUUAAUGUAAAAUAUCAAACUUUAAAACCUUUUUUGUAUAUUAUCAGAUUAAAGUUCUUUGUAUA